GAGCAAGUAAUAAUUAUUUCUAAAUAACAUAUUAAAAGACUGUUGUGAAAAUGGGACCAAAAGGCUCUGAACCAUAUGUUAUCCCAAGCCAUUGUGAAUUUCAAAGCAUUAAGGGCAUACCACAAUUGGAGCUGCUUGAAAAGGAAUUAGCCAAGAAGGGUUUGAAAGACCCCUGGAUGAGGAAUGAAAUUUGGCGUCAUCAUCCAGGUUUUGGUACUAAAAUGAACAGAGCGGCAAAGCUAUUCUUCCGAGGGCUUCCUUUGGGCUUAGGGCUUACUAUAAUAACAGUGGCUUUGGAAAAAUUUGCGGGUGGUGGAGCUCAUGGCGGUCAUGAAGAACAUUAGAAUGUA